CUUCUCGCGCUUUGUGAUGACGCACAGCGCACUGCGUGUGUUUCAAACAUGGCAGCAGUUCAAGUAAGCGAAGCGGAGAAGGUUUAUAUCGUACACGGCGUUCGAGAUGACCUGAGACUGGACGGGCGAGGAUGUGAAGACUACAGACACAUGGAGAUCGAGACAGACGUGGUGUCAAACACCGAUGGAUCUGCUAAAAUCAGUCUUGGUCUUACAGAUGUUCUCGUAGGAGUAAAAGCAGAGAUUGGUAAACCCAAACCCAUGGUGCCGGAUGAAGGCUAUCUGGAGUUCUUCGUGGACUGCUCGGCAAACGCCACGCCGGAGUUUGAGGGGCGUGGAGGGGAGGAGCUGGGGGUGGAGCUUAGUAACACGCUCUAUAAAGUGUUCAACAACAGACACAGCGUGGACCUGCGUUCGCUCUGCAUCUGUCCAGGAGAGAACUGCUGGGUGCUGUACGUGGACGUGUUGCUGCUGCAGUGUGAUGGAAACCUGUUUGAUGCCAUAUCCAUCGCGAUAAAAGCUGCUCUCUUUAAUACGCGAAUUCCCAAAGUGCACGUAUCUGAGGAUGAGGAGGGAGUGAAGGAGAUCGAGCUGUCGGAUGACCCUUACGACUGCAUGCGGCUUAACGUGGAAAAUGUGCCUUGUGUCGUAACCCUCUGCAAGAUUGGUCACAGACACGUAGUGGACGCCACGCUACAGGAAAAGGCCUGCUCCGUGGCCAGUCUCUUGAUUUCAGUCACACACAGAGGCAUGGUCACAUGUGUCAGGAAAAUGGGAGGAGGAAGUUUGGACCCAGAAAGUAUCUUUGAGAUGACAGAGGCUGGGAAACGUGUGGGGAAGGCUCUUCAUGCUCCUCUCAUGGAGCUGCUGCAGAAAGAAGAAAGUCUUGGCAAGAAACGGCAGAAAGUGGGAUUCCUCGGAUAGCUUCCUGUUUUGUACCUUUUUUUUGUUUUGUUUUUCCAAUAAAUGAGCAAAAUUUUCUA